AUGCUACAACUACCCCCUGCCAGUCAGUCCCCAGAGGUCCUCCAUCGUGGAGAGCUCCUCCUCCACCCCGAUGAAGCCGACCAGCUCAACACCUCAAUCGCCGCCUCCGGUAUGAAGUUCGAAGAGGUCGGCUAUCAAGUCGAUGAUCCACCACCACCACCGGCGUCUCCUCCCCCUCGCCGGACCAGGGCGAAGGCCAAGGCUAAAUCAGCAGCUAAACGGCGGAAGACCGCUGCCUCGUCGUCCCCUUCAUCGAGCCAAGCCUCGCCUGGGUCUCUCGCCAACCCCCGUAGCAGUGCUCCUAGACGUCGUGGUAGCCGGGCUAGUAAAGUGGCCAACCCAAGGCUACCGUCAAACGAAGGUGAAGAGGCUGCCCAGGAAGAGGAGGAGGAGGAGGCUCUGCCGAAAUUAGAAGGGCUCGCUGGGACCAGGCGGUCUGCCCUAUUGGGGGUCCUUGAGGGCAUCAAGAAGGACAGUCAGAAGAGACAGGGGAACGACAGUAUUGUGUACUGGUUCGGUACCGCUUCCUUUCCUGAGCAGAUCGAAGGUGCUAAGCCCAAGGCUUAUCAGCUUCCGACCAAUUUGUCAUUAAUACGGCAGAAUGUCCAAGCGGGGAAUUAUGAAACGCAUUUGGGGAUGGAAAAGGACAUUAACAAGAUAGUGAGGCAUGGUUUGAGGAACUUCCCGAGUGGGUCGGGGCCUUUUCGAGCGGCCGAGAGAUUGAAUAAACUGGCUGCUGAUUUGGUUCAAAAGGCGUCUUAUAAGAUCAACAAUGAGGACUAUAAGGAGAAGUAUGUCUCCACCGAAUUGAUGGCCGCGAUUUUUUCCAAGGAAGGUGGAGGGCCUUUGGAGGGUGAGGGGGAGAAGGAGAAUGUGGGGGGUAAGAGGAAUGGUGGAAAGAAGAAGAGGAGGGGAAGUAAAGGCGCUAAGAGUAGCAAAGAAUCCGAGCAGAAUUUGGACGCAUUGAAUCAGCAGAUUGCCCAGCUGCAGGAGAAGUUGGCUAUGCUGGCUGAUAAAGGGAUAUCCCUCACCCAAGCUCCUCCUGCCAAUUCCCCUGGGACCCCUCCGGAGGGGAGUAGCUCUAGUCGGGGACCUAGUCAGGGGCAUCUGCCUCUCACCAUUGAUGAGAAGAACAAGCUCGAGGAGGAUAUGAAUCAGUUAACGGCUGAGGACCUCGCAAUAGUAGUGGAGAAGAAGUUGAAGGGCCGACCGGGGGUAGUCCUUGACCCUACUACUGCUCAGCUGUGUGAGCUUGAUGUUGACCUUAUGUCGGCCCGAGAUCAGCGCAAUCUGAAGCGCUACGUUGCCCGUCUACUCACCAUUCACAAUCAGAAGGUGAAGGAAAAUGAGGAGAGGGCUCGGGAAAUUGUCGCUCAUGAAAGGGCAGUGGCAAAGCUGGAGGCUGAAAGGGCUUUGGAACGCAAGCGGGGGCGGAGUAGUAGUGAUAGUAGUGACGAUGAGGCAUCUGAUGAUGAUGAGUUGACAAAGAUCUAUCAGAAGGGGGCGGCGGCUCUGUAA